CGACACUGUCGACAGUCGAGUAUUAUACGUCAACAGUUUCUGUCAAGUUUUACGAGGUUCUGGAAUUGCCGAUUUAAUACGCGCACUUAAAUUUAAUUACACGGUCUAGUACUUACGCGUAAACGAGACACGUGCGAUUAUGUCAUUAUUUGAAAAUCUCUGUUGCAAAUAAAAUCAUGUCUCAGACGAAGGUAAUUCCACAUAACCUCAUUAAGUGGGACCAGAACGACAAUUCUCUGGCCCCGUUGACAGAGUGUCAAAAGGAUUGCUUGACAAAUCUGGAGAUCGUUGUGACUUCGUUCUUCCCGUUAUCGAAUCUACAGUCCAGCGUGAUCGACGGCGAUGAGAAGCUACACGAGCAGAAUUCUCAGGAGAAUACACCCCCGAUAGAAAGGUAUCAGGAGUUACUUCAGCAUUUCUUGCUUCUAGAAAGGAAAUACGUUUCCAUGUACGACAUGAAGUACAACCUGUACCUUGAAGAGCUGAAAUCGAGGAGGUCCGAGUGCCAGGACGUUUGUUCUCAGAUAGAAGAGACGUUGGACGAUUUCUCUGCGCUCUACAAGCAGUAUACUGAGGUUUCCAGCAAGACCACCUCUCUGUACGAAGCCAGCGAACAACUCAUCUUCGAUCAAAAGCAGUUAAAUGCGACAAUCGACGGCAUUACGGAGUACGUUAAAUAUUUCAAGGAGAUCGACGUGAUUACAGAGAAGCUAGACGCGUCCACCUUGUCGGUGAACAGCGAAAUGUUUUUUUCUAUAUUAGAUAAAAUUGACACAAACAUAGAUUUUAUGCAAAACAACUCGUCGUACAAUGAAAGUGGGACUUACCUGGUGAGAUACAAGCAUUGCCAGUCGAAGGCGAUUGCGUUGAUACAGAAUUACAUCUCCAACUUGUUCUCUAAAACCACUGAAAGCAUUUUGAACUUGAAGGACAAUGAAAAUUCAUCGGAGAACACGGACGCGGCUCUCGCUCUAUUUUAUGGCAGAUUUCAGACGAUCUUGUCCAAAACAAGGCCGGUUAUCAGGCAAAUUGAAAGCAAAUCGUACAAAAGGCAGGAAUAUGACAGCUUGUUGCUUGAGUGCCAUCAAUAUUAUUGGAGUCAGCGAGGCUUGGUGCUAGGUACAAGCAUACAAAAGUCUCUGAAUUCCAUAAGAGAAAAAUAUAACGGCGACCAUUGCAGUUUAGUGCGACAUUCUUGUGCAUUACUCUUGCAUGCGUCGAUAGACGAACAUAAACUGUUCUACGAAUUUUUUUCGAAACAAUCAAGCGGACUGACCGCAUACCUGGAGAGCUUGUGCACUUCUCUGUAUGAUGCAUUGAGACCUUUCAUAAUACACAUUAAUCAUCUCGAGACAUUGGCCGAGAUUUGCUGCAUUCUACGAAUAGAGAUGCUCGACGAACACGUGCAGAACAACUUUGAACCGCUGGAAGGCUUCGGAAACAUUUGCUUACAGCUGUUGCACGAUGUUCAGGAGAGAUUGGUAUUUCGGGCGCAUUUAUAUCUGCAAUCCGACGUACUGAAUUACAAUCCUUCGUCAGGCGACCUGGCGUAUCCAGAAAAGCUGAAGAUGAUGGAAGAAAUAGCGGAAUCGAUCAGGGAAGCGAAUCGCCAGACCCGCAUGAAGAGGAUCUCCGUCUCGUCCACUGACAGCUCUGUCCUAGAACCAGUUUCUCGAAAUCACAUAGUUAUCGAUUCCAUUUAUCAGAAGACACACAUGGGGAGUUCUCCAGCGGAUCUGCACGCUAUGUGGUAUCCCACGGUACGCAGGACUCUGGUCUGCCUGUCGAGGCUCUACCGUUGCGUGGACAGAUCCGUGUUCCAGUCAUUGAGCCAGGAGGCCAUUUCCCUCUGCGUCCAGAGUAUCGAGAAUGCCAGACAGGAAAUUGAGAAGAGAGCGAGUACAUUAGAUGCAGAAUUAUUUCAGAUAAAGCACUUGCUGAUUCUUAGAGAACAAAUUGCUCCGUUUCAAGUAGAUUUUACUAUCAAAGAAUAUAGUUUAGACUUCUCUAAAGUGAAGACCGCUGCAUUCGGGCUGCUCGAAAAGAGUUCUAGGUUCUUUACCCUGUCGAACAACGCGUUAUUGCAGUUUCUUUUGGAAGGUGCACCACAGAUGAAGGAGCAACUUAUCGACUCGAGGAAGCAUGUGGACGCAAAGUUGAGACUUACGUGCCAGCGAUUAAUACAACACGCAACUUAUUUAUUGAUUUAUCCUAUUAUUAAGUUAUUGGAGAAGGAAAAGUUGCUCGAUGCAAGCUCGAUUCAAGAAAAUGCCCUAGGAAGUCCGCAAGAGAUAGCAACUAUAGUAGCCGACGUAUUGAGGGUAAUUAAAUUCAAAUGUCCCGAGAUACAGCAAUCGAUGCAGUUAUAUUUAGCUAACAAAGAAACUGAAUUUAUUCUGUUUAAACCAGUGAAGAAUAACAUUUGCGCUGCAUUCACGCAAUUGCAUCAGGUAUUGAAUAAGUAUUAUAACGCGGAGAACCUUCUGUUGAUCGCGUGUCCUUUGCCAGAACAUAUUUCUGUUAUGUUGAGUUCAACAACGUUAAUUCAAGGAAAGUCAAAUCGAGAAUCGCAGUCGGUUCUGAAACAAUCACAGUCACUUGCUAAACAAGAAGAUUAAAUAACGUAAUUUUGUUUAUUCUGUUGUGUUUUCAAAAAUUAAUUGUUGAAUAGAGUAUUGAUAUAAAUUUAAG